GAACAGAUUCCAGACAUCUCUGUAGAGACAGUCAUGGCACACAACCUAGAACCUCCAACAGAGACCUCUGUGGUCAAGUUCAAGAAUCAAGACUUUAGGACAUUACAGGAUCGGUGCCUGAGCAGGGGUCAACUGUUUAUAGAUGACACAUUCCCUGCUGAGGCAUCUUCCAUAGGUCAGAAGCUGCUCAAGGGAAAACACCUUUCAAAACUGGAGUGGAAGCGACCACAGGAUUUAUCAGAGGACCCUCCUCACUUCAUCCUGGAAGGUGCAAGCAGAUUUGACAUCCAGCAAGGGAGAGCAGGAGACUGCUGGUUCCUGGCAGCACUGGGCUCCCUGACCCAGAACCCAAAGUGUCUGCAGAAGAUCCUGAUGGGCCAAAGCUAUUCACACCAGUAUGCUGGCAUUUUCCGGUUCCGGUUCUGGCAAUGUGGCCAGUGGGUGGAAGUAGUGGUUGAUGACCGAUUGCCUGUCAUAGGCAAGAACUUCCUCUUUGUGCAUCCUCGAAGAGGCAACCAGGAAUUUUGGCCCUGCCUGAUGGAGAAAGCCUAUGCCAAGCUGCUUGGCUCCUAUUCCCAGAUACACUAUGGCUACCUUCCUGAUGCCCUGGUGGACCUCACGGGAGGAGUGGUCACCAUCAUUAACCUGCACUCCUCCCCCUCUGAGAUACUGAUGGCAGUGAAGACCGCAGUCAAGGCAGGCUCAAUGGUGGCCUGCGCCACCCCAAAAGGGCUGACAGACGAGUCUGAGGUGAUGGAGAAUGGACUGGUGAGCCAGCAUGCCUACACAGUGACUGGAGCUGAGCAGAUUCGGUACCAGAAGGGCUGGGAAGAAAUCAUCCGCCUUUGGAACCCCUGGGGCAACACAGAAUGGAAAGGGCGCUGGAGAGAUGGGUCCCAGGAGUGGGAGGAAACCAGUGACCCACGGAAAAGCCAACUGUAUGAAAACAAGGACAAUGGCGAGUUUUGGAUGUCAUGUCAAGAUUUCCAGGAGAACUUCUCAUGCCUGUUUAUCUGCAACCAGAUCCCAAUCACCCUGGAUCAUGGAGUCACACCCAAUGAAAGAUGGCGCCAAAUGAUGUUCAAGAACCAAGUGAUCUCAGGUGGAGGACAUGGGAGGGACACUCAGUAUCUCUUUGGUGUUCAAGAGUCCACUGAUGGCAACAAUGUUGUUGUGGCUUUCACAAUCAUGUCACAAAGCUUGAAGACAGAAGAGGAGAUAUUUCCGUUACAGUUCCAGGUGUUCAAGGCGGGAUUCCAGAAGUUCCAGGAAAGACUGCCACCUGCAUUUUUCUCCCCAUUUAGAAGUGCUGCCCAGGGCAUAGACUAUGUAUCCAAGUGCAACUUCACCAAGUCCUUCCACCUGAGCCCCGGGACCUAUGUAGUGGUUCCCUCAGCACACAGAAAAGGAGUGGAGUUCCUACUCCGAAUAUUCCUCAAAAUGCCAGACAAGGACAGGAACCCAAGCAGCAGUUUCAACCUCAGAGCCCUUAAGGGAAGUCUUUCAGAAAAUGGAUCCCAAAACAGCAUUUUCUACAGAUAUGUGGAUCAGGGGCAGGACAUUGAUGCCACCCAACUUCAGAGACUUCUCAACCAGGAGUUCCUGAUAGGGUCUCCAGGGGACACUUUCUCCUUGGACCAGUGCCAAAGCAUCGUGGCUCUGAUGGAUGUGAAGGUGAAUGGGCGGCUGAAUCAGGACGAGUUUGCAAGACUAUGGAGCCGCCUUAUCCACUGCCAGCAUGUUUUCCAGACCAUCCAGAGGAGCCCUGGAGUUCUCCUGAGCUCAGACCUAUGGAAGGUCAUAGAGAGUACAGACUUCCUUUCAGGAAUCUUCAUCAGCAAUGAGCUGCUGAGUCUCAUGACAUUCCGGUACAGUGAUAACUCUGGCCGAGUCAGCUUCUCCAGUCUUGUCUGCUUCCUCAUACGACUGGAAACCAUGGCAAAGGCAUUCCGCAACCUCUCCAAGGAUGGCAAAGGAGUCUACCUGACAGAAAUGGAGUGGAUGAACCUGGUCAUGUAUGGCUGAGAUGAAGAGUGCAGUCAAGCCCUCUGGACCAGGACAAGCUCCUGGUCACUCAAGGAACUGGCUUCCUCCUCCAUGGAGCUGUGCCAACUCUGUCACAGGUCUGCAGCCAAGCCUGGCAUUUGAAAUGGAGUCAACCCAUCCCUGUG